AUGAGCCCAAGAAGACCGAAACCGGUCAUGGGCUGUCGAAAAGUUAUUAGCAAACUUGUGAGUAGUUUCCUGUAUGAAAAUACUUACAAUGGUGUUUCUGACGGCUUCUACAACCAUGAGCCUUUUUGGUCUAACGAAGAGGCCCUUAUUCGCCGAGCUUACUACCAAAUAUCGAUCAAAUAUCACCCAGAUAAGAAUCCGGAUGGUCGAGAUAAAUUCCACGCAGCCGCUCUGGCCUACCAAUUCUUAUGCAAUCGAAAGAAGCUUGGCACAGGUCCAAAUCGUCUGCACAUUCAAUUAAUGCUUCGCGCCCAAAGCAUUGUCUACAGUCGGUACAGAAAAAUCCUUGCUGAACAAAAGUAUGCCGGUUAUCCAAUGCUUGUCAAGACCAUACGUACAGAAACGGAAGACGAGGAGCUGUUUGCUCGCGUUGCGGCCAGUGAGGACUUUUCGGUUCCUCAACCACAGCCCGAUUCAACCAAAGCGAAUGACACCAAGAAUGAUCAGCGCCAACGUGAGAGCGCUUCGAACGCAGUGCUCCUUGUGGCCGCUACGGAGCUUGCAUACGAGACAGUGGCAACCAGUGCUCUGAAUGCCGAAGAAUUACGCCGCGAAGGUGGAAUUCAAGCGUUACAGGAAGCGUUCACCCGAUGUUCCGUUCUCCUCUCGGCUACGAGCAGUCGACCAAAUGAUGCUUGUGUUCGUGUGUGUGGCCACAUUGUCUCGGUUCUUGCGGCCGCUUCCCAAUUCCCUUCGUGCCGUCAGAAUAUUCAAGAGUUGCCCCAACUAGCUCGUCAUGUUCUGCGGUUAUUGUACUAUCGGAAUCUACCUCAGUUAUGUUGCCUGUCAGCCUCGUGUUUGGCCGCAUUUUGUAUAGACUACUGGCUCUGUGUUACCUGUUAUGAGCACGGUGCUCUGUACUUGCUCCUACGUCACGUGUUCGCCUACGACUUUACUUUGGAAGAGGCCGGUGUGAAGACCACAGAGACCAGCAAUGACCAGGUGGUCACAAAUCGGCUCGCGCUGCUCAGUCUCUGGGCCAUCGGACGCCUGCUGAAUGGCUACCAGUCCAGUCACGAAGUUACCGAGGAGAGCUAUAUGCUACGUGAGGGCCCCCAAGUACACGAGGCGUUGUCUCGUCUUCUGACGCCCCAUUUCACUCGAAAAAUUGCUGAUCUAUCUACCUUUGACCCCGGUGUUGCCGGGCAUCAAAAGUCCGACGAAAAGUCGGUCCCCGACCCGCCAGUGCUAAACGAUUUUCCAUUGGACACAGCGCGGGGCAGGUAUAUUCGUUCGUUGGCCAAACUGCUGACCACCAAUUCCGUGACCCCUUAUUUGAUUUGGGACAAUCGCUGUCGUGCCGAGUUGGAGGUCAUGUUGGAUGCGCAUAUCCAGCAGUUGAUUCGAACGGGCGAGUGCGAUCUGGAUGCACCGACUCGUUUCAUUCACAGCACCUACGCUCACGAACUCCUUGUCGGUGAAGUGUUUGUCCGACUGUACAACAAACAACCCACUUACCAACUCGAAAAUCCUAAAGGCUUUGCCAUCGACCUGUUACGGUUCAUCGCUGAAGAAGUCCCUAACCUAACCCCGAAACGGGCGGUAAAAGCUGACUUCCCCACGGAGGAGACCACACAGGGAGCGCGUGAGACCAAAACAAAUUCUGAUUCCUCUGUUUCGCUGGUCGACUUGGAUGACAUUGACUGGGCCGCAGAAGAGACGAACAUGUCCGAUUUGUGUGUGGCGCGUCUGAGUGCAGCAUUGGAGGCGUUGAGUGUCGAAAUUCAGUGCAUUGGACAUUUCCCCCUGCUUUUCUCUGUGAUGGGUUUGCAUGGAUACCCGGAGUUGCAAACACGUUCCAUCGAGGUCAUUCAAGCUGUGUCAACCAACAACGAGUGCUUGAACGAUAUGGCCGCGUCCCACCUACUCGUCUCCAUGGUUAUGCUGUUUCCCAGUCUGCCUCAGUGUCACCACCUGCUUGUGGAAACAUUUGACCACUUGGUUAUGUGCACCGCUCUGCUCAAAGAGCUGGUCUACUGUGGUGGAUUGGUUUAUCUGCUGGAAAUUCUGGUCCGAUCUCCAAUACGUCGUGUACGCGAGGCUGUGGCGAAUCUACUCUCACGUUGUCUGGUCGACAAACAGGUGGGCAGACGAAUUCAAGCCCUACUCGGUCAAUACUUGCCGCCGAUUUUUCCCGAGACCCUGCGUGACUCCCCUGAUUCGUUCCUUCAUCUAUUUGACUCGGAUCACGAAAACCCCGAACUGAUCUGGAAUGUCGAUUUUCGUGACAAAUUGUCCGAGGAACUGAGCACCCAGGCGACUGAAUUCUAUUCGGCUCAGCUACAAAACCCGCAGAUUCGCUGGUCCAUACCAGACUCGUUCGCGGUCUCCUAUGCGGAUGUGUUUAUGAAAGCCGCGUCGGAACGUAGACGAAACAAUGUGCAAUCAAGCGAGGAGGAGGAAUUGAUGGCCUCUCUGGGUCCGGUGAUCAUCGCUGGGGUCUACGUACACUUGUAUGUGGCUAGCCCAGGUUGGGUAUUGCGACGACCCGAGCUAUUUUUGGACUCUGUCAUGGAUACUUGGAUAGAGAACAUCAGUAAGCUACCCGAUUCCGCCUUACUCUUGCGUCUACUUACCCGAGCUUGCUGUGCCGUUUUGGUUGACCGCCCGGGCUUGUUGGAUGCGCUUCCUCGAAAGGGCUAUCUACACCGAAUUAUUGAUCUACUCGCUCAAGUCAAUGACCCGGAAGGAGCUAAGGCAGCUGUACUUUUGUUGCAUCACAUGUCGAGGAGUAAGCUCUGUAUCCAAGCAAUGGCUGAUCGCGAUACUAUUGGUGGGAUUAUGCGUGUGAUAAACUGUUGCAUCGGUGAAGAGUUGGGACUUGUGGGUGAAACUCUGUUCGGGAUUUUCGACAGUCCGGACUGUGAUCCACUGAUUGCUCAGGCCUUGAAGCAUGACCUCAUUGGUUAUGUGCUACAACUGCUGCGGAACGGUCUUCCACGUUCCGUUAGGGAUCCGGGCCAGACGCGGGCCUAUUUGGUCAGGGCACUGAAGGCAAUGCAGCGCAGUCCGACCUACGGGAACAAAGUAACUCAGUGUCUCGAAGCGCAUCCUAACUGGGCAGACUACAGGGACCAAGGCCACGCACUGUUCUUGUCCAACGUGCCACAAGCAACCACAGCCUAUUUGACUGCCGGCCCGUCUGCUGGCAGCCUACAUUCCGGUUACCUGACCGCCGCUUCAGUCAUAAAUCACGAGCAUAGCUUCACUGGUCCUCCCCCACUCCCCAUUCCGCCACCGCCGCCACCUCCUCCAUCCUGAUGCGUCGUUCCCGCUCUCCGUCGCUCGCAGUGACCGUUCGCGUUCGUCGUCCGGCCUAUUCUCUCCCUUUGAUCUAUACCGAAAACUAAUCGUAUUUUACAAGUCUUUUUCUAAUCAACUUGUAUUUUUACCAGAGUGAUAACUUACCCCUUUGAGGACCCACCCACCCUGUGAUCAUCAUCAUCAUCACCAUCAUCAUCAUAUUCUCCACCUACGUCCACCCUCCGCAACUCAAUCCCCUUUUACUCCUCUUUCAUUGUCUGAUUUGGUCCACCACUCUCUGAGGACUUUAUUGUCUUUCAUUUUGUUGAUAUUCUCUCCCUCGCCGUCGUUGUGGUGGUCCAACACCAUUUUGCCGGUCCCACCUCAAAUCUGAUUUCGUCUGUUUAUUGUUUUCUUUCCGAUAUCCCGCUCUCCUGCUGCUCAACAGGAACCAACCCCCCCUCCAACGGUAAGUUGGUAACACACUUCCGUGGUGUGUGCCUCCGUGCCUUUUGCCGUAAUUUGAUUAUUAUUUGUACACAGACAUACAAACAUUAUUGCAGUGAAUCCAGUUGGCCUUUGUGGAUGCGUGUUUCGUUCUGACCUCCAUUCUCAACCCCCCCCGUGUAUCUUUGUGACUCGUAUGCCACCCAUCACACCCGCUGAAAUGCAGCAUCCAUUUUUCUGA